AUGGCUGCUUCAUGGCUUUGCAUUAAUGAACUUUUCAGUUCCAAUGCUAGUGUUAUUUGUAUUGUGGCUCGUAUUCAAUCAAUCAAUUCUAUACAACGAACUCUCAUACUAUAUGAUAAUGAUGAUAAUACUUUGCAUGUCUCGUUUGUCAAUCUUCGCACACCAUCUGAUAUUCAAUCAUUAGCUUUAUUACCAGGUCAAUAUAUUCAAGUUUAUGGAAAAGUUAUUCGACAAGGUGCUAAUAUUAUUCGAGUUGAUGCUCAAAUUAUUCGACAGUUAGGCAUUGAUCUUGAUAUAAAUGAAUAUAUAAAAGGUUUAAUUCUAAUGCGUAAUUAUAUGGCAAAUGUUGAUAUAACUGCUUUUCGUUUACGUGGUCUUGAUUUGAAAUUUGAUGCAUCACAAUAUUUAGUUGAAUUAGCUUCGACUGUUCCAUCAGCUUCGUUAAUCUCUUGGCUUGAUCAACUUAUUGAUUUAUUGACAAAACGAAAUCUUUCAUCAUCAACUGUUGAUAAAACACUUUUGACUAAUGUUGUUCAAGAAUUAAGAGCUCAACUUUCAAAUGAUUCACAUAACGAAGCUCUUUUUUCAGUUCUUAAUGCAUUUUCAAUGCCAAAAUUUAUAUAUUCAAGAUCAAUGAAGAAAUUCAUUGAAAAAGAAAUCGAUAAUGAUCUGUUUGGAAGUGCUCGAACACGUUCGGAAGUAUUCUGGGAACGAUAUGAUUUGUUGUCACAACGAACAUUAAGACACGACGUCUUUUCACAAGUCAAUUUAGCAUCGGUAUCAACAAAUAAAGUACAAAAAUAUCAGUUGAAAACUAUCGAACAUUUAUUGGCUGCUGGUUCUAAAUCGGAAAAAGUUGUACUACUUGGAAUGUUGUCACAGUUACAUGAGACAAAAUAUGAUCUACAAGAUCCAACUGGUGUCAUUUCACUUAAUCUAGAUAAUGCGACAUUUCAUCCAGGCUUUUAUUUUGAAAAUUGUUUCGUCUUAGUUGAAGGACAAAUUGAUGAUGGAAUAUUUAAUGUAUCAGGCAUUGGUUUACCACCACCAGAAUCGGCACAAAGUACAAGAUCAUAUUUUGGUGAAAUAAAUAUAACAGGAAAUACACAUGAUCAAAGUGCAAAAACAAAGAUUCGACUUAAGGAAAUUGAACAAAAAUCUGAUGAUGCUUUUGUCUUUCUUUCUGAUGUUUGGCUCGAUGAUAAAAAGGUGAUGGAACGUAUCGAACAAUUAUUUGAUGGAUUUGCCGAUCAACCACCAUUUGCAUUUAUAUUUUGUGGUAAUUUUCUUUCACGACCAACGGCUAAUCUAUAUAUCAAUGAUCUAUCAGAUGCUUUUAAAAACUUUGCUAAGCUUGUUGCAAAAUAUCCAGAUAUUUGUGAACGUGCUCAUUUUAUUUUUGUACCUGGUCCACAAGAUCGACAUGCACCAAAAAUCUAUCCUCGAGCACCGUUUCCACCAUCAAUCAAUGAUAUAUUAAAAAAACGUAUUCGUCAUCUUCAUCUUGCUACAAAUCCUGUUCGUCUUCAAUAUUGUACUCAAGAAAUAGUUAUUUUUCGUGAAGAUUUAUUACAAAAACUUUGUCGUUACUGUAUUAAAUUACCUUCGGAUAAUUUGCCUAUGCAUCUUUGUCAUACACUUGUUACUCAAGCACAUUUAUCACCAUUACCUGUUUAUAUGACACCGAUCUAUUGGUCAUUUGAUCAUGCACUUCAUUUAUAUCCAUUACCAGAUUUAAUUGUUGUUUGUGAUAAAUUCAAAUCGAUUACUGAUACAAUUGCCGAUUGCACUAUUAUUAAUCCAGGUUCAUUUGCAAUUAAUAAAUAUUGCUUCAAAGUGUAUUUACCUGCAACACGUGAAAUCGAAGAUAGUCAGAUUACUAAUAUGUAA